AUUAGAGAAGAGAUUAGGGAAGGCGUUCCUGCAACGGCGUGCAUUCGGCACGAGAGCCCGGACAGCUGGAGGUGUAACAACAAACACCGGAUGAAGAGAGACUGCCUUUCAUCCAUGCAGCUUUAAGGAACUUGUAGAAAAUAUCAAAAGACAUGAAAUGAAGUGUGAUGUUUAAUCUGGAGGUUUGUUAUCAGCAUUAAAAGGUUUCCACCCACAUUCAUCAGAUUUCUUUGCAGCACGAAACAUCUUGUUGCUGGGUGAACAGUCUAGAUUUAUUCAGUUUUAUUCAUCACCUCACUACUGCAAACAUGGGCGCAGCAGGUUAUGGAUAUUACCGCACUGUUAUAUUCAUCUCGAUGUUUGUCGGCUACUCGCUGUAUUACUUCAACCGAAAGACAUUCUCUUUUCUGAUGCCGUCAGUGAUGGAGGAGAUCGAGCUGGAUAAGGAAGAGCUUGGGUUGAUCACCAGCAGUCAGACUCUUGCUUACGCCAUCAGUAAGUUUAUUAGCGGAGUGCUUUCGGACCAGAUCAGCGCUCGCUGGCUCUUCUCCAUCGGGCUCUUCAUUGUGGGUGCCAUAAACAUCGUCUUCUCCUGGUCGUCUACCGUCGUGCUGUUUACAGUGCUUUGGUUUGUGAACGGGUUCGGUCAGGGUUUCGGCUGGCCGCCGUGUGGAAAAGUGCUUCGGAAGUGGUUUGAACCGUCUCAGUUUGGGACGUGGUGGGCCAUCCUGUGCUGCAGCAUGAACCUGGCUGGUAGUUUAGGACCCAUCAUCACAACUGUGUUGGUUCAGUACUACAACUGGAGAAUCAUCAUGUCCAUGUCAGGCGUGGUCUGCAUGAGCAUCUCUGUCAUGUGUCUUCUGCUGGUGAAGAAUGAACCCAGUGAUGUGGGGCUGCCCAACAUUGAGCCUGGAGCUAAAAAGGGCAAAGGGAAGAAAGGAGCCCCUAAUGAUGAAAGCACCUUAAAAGAGUUCCUGCUGUCUCCGUACCUCUGGGUUCUGUCUGCGGGUUACCUGGUCGUGUUUGGGGUUAAGAUCGCCUGUACAGACUGGGGUCAGCUUUUUCUUAUGCAGGAGAAAGGUCAAUCUGCUAUGAUGGGCAGUUCGUACAUGAGCGCGUUGGAAGUCGGUGGGUUUUUUGGCAGCAUUGGAGCUGGUUAUCUGUCUGACAGGGCUGUCGCAAAGCAAGGGCUGGGUACCCAUGGGAAUCCUCGGCAUGGGCUCCUCCUAAUGAUGAUGGGAGGUAUGGCUGUGUCCAUGUACCUCUUCCGGGUCACCAUCACGUCAGAGAUGCCAGAGGAGGCACCGCUGUGGGUUUUGGCACUUCAUCCUGUUUCGCUUCUCACUGGUGUCGCCGAAAAAGAGCUUUGGAUUUUAAUUCUUGGUGCUGCGUUUGGAUUUUCAUCAUAUGGACCAAUUGCCUUGUUUGGAGUGAUAGCGAGUGAGAGCGCCCCCUCGAAUUUCUGUGGGACAUCUCAUGCCAUCGUAGCUCUGAUGGCAAAUGUUGGCGCAUUCAUUGCUGGCCUGCCAUUCAGCACCAUUGCCAAACGCUACAGCUGGGACACGGCAUUCUGGGUAGCAGAGGUCGCCUGCGCUGUAACAACAGUGUGUUUCUUUUUUGUGCGUAACAUGCGCACAAAAAUGGGUCGCGUGCCUAAAAAGAUGGACUAAUCCUUUUGGAAAAUUAACUAUUUAGUGAGCCCUUCCAAUGUGAUGGCACUUCAGAGACAACUACCACAUCUAACAGUCCUAAAAACACUUUAGUUGUGUCAGUGUUACUGUUGUUUAAUCCGGCUGUUUUUAUUUAGAUUCAUAUCACUUUCAGUAUCACAUUAUAGUAUUUUCCAGGAUUGAGAAAAGUUUCUUUAGCAGCAAUAAUGGCACAUUCACACAAUUCAGAUAUAAAUGUGACUCCACAGCCUUUUAGAAGAACAAAAAAAACUUGUAAAAGUUUACAGACUUUCUAACUAUGGACAGUUGUUUACUUGUAUUAACUGGAAUAGAAUAACACAAAUGUUUUUUAACAUGGAGGUUUUAAUUAGAAUUUGACCUACUGCUGCGUAUGUAUUUUUGAAGAACAUUUGUGUUAGAACUGGAGUUUAGGUGCUGAAUUGUUGUGAAUCAUCCAGAGUGUUUAACUUACACGCAUUGUUUUGUACUUUACAAAUCUGUCUGUUUCCAUCAACUCCAUGAACACAGUUACUGUCAAGUCAUGCAACCAGCAAUAUUCUUUAUGAUGUAAAAAAAGUGUAAAAUUGUAGUAUAUAUUAAAACUUCAUAUAAAAUUACU